ACAUUGUUUGUGUUUGAACGAAAGUCAUCACAGUAAAUGAACACAAAUCUCGUUUGAAAUAAAAUAAAACUUUUAAGAAAAAUGACUGGCGUUGAAGUAAACAGUGCAUCAUCACAGCACAAAGCUAUCGAACGUGCAUCGAAAAUCAAAAAUCCAAUCGAACCAUUUGCCGACCAGUUCUCAAAAUACACAAAAGAUGAUAUUGACCUGACGAUCUACUGUAAAUGGAAAGGCGACAUGGACGCAAAGACUCUGAAAUGGGCAAUGAAAUUAGCGGAACGAAAUGUGGCUCCAUUCUAUCGAACUUGUGGCAUUGGCUGGCAACCGAAAGAAAAGCAACGAGAUCUGAAUAAAAACUGGGCUCGAUAUUUGGUCGCUGUUGACAAGGCUAAGCAACCGGUGGCUUACACAAUGUUCAGAUUUGACAUGGACUACGGAUGCAGUGUGUUGUACUGCUACGAACUUCAAAUCGAAAAGGAGUAUCAGCGCAAAGGAUUGGGAAAGUUUUUCAUCGAUGCCCUCGAACGAAUGGCGAAACAGUACGGUAUGGAAAAGCUCAUACUGACAGUGCUGUCCAACAACGAAGAUGGAAUUAAAUUUUUCAAUAGCAUGGGAUUUACCACCGACGACACAUCGCCGGACGCACCGACUGAUUAUUCAAUUUUAAGUAAAUCUAUGGACUCGUUACAACUUCAAGCACUUUAAUAAAUUCGAUUGCAUUUUGUGACGUUCAUCUUAA